CACAACUUCAUCGACGACCACUCCUCGCCCGUUCCACUCGUUUCUUCCGCUGUCCUGGGCUGCAAAGGGCGAGCAGAAACACCAUCUAUCAAUCCCGCCAUAACCUCAACGCGCACUCACUUGACACCUUAGCCCACGGACGCUCCAUACUCAUUCCUUCCGGGACCCUGGAGGAAGAUCGACGAUUACUGCGUCACUAUUUUCGUGAACCGUCGAAUUCCACGUUUAUCAAGCCCAGGAACCUAGCGGCCUCGUCAAUCGCUUUGUGACUGCCUGUAUUUAACAAGCCGACCUACGAAGAUGAUGCUAUAGGACACACCACGCAUUCGGCAAUAUACCUUCACCAGGACUCGGCCAAAGCUAGAUACGAGAGGUCCAUGACGCCUUGCCAGCAUGGACUCUAGCCUCACAGCCGAUCAGAACUUCUAUGCGCAAUCGAACCUGCACCAGCCCUUCCAGGAUGAAAACAACGAGACCGCCUUCAUCUCGGGAGCCUCGUCUGAACUUCGCAGCGGCGACGCAGACCACAACAAAGAACUUGCGAACAACAGUCUUCAACCAAUGGGUAUGGCUGGGUACACAAACAGCGGCGGCGCGGCAGCAGAUCUUGUAGAUUCGCCCGACGACUUCUACAAGGGGUUCCAAGGGAAGCUGGAUACAACCGCAGGCAUUCCGACCAGCAAGCCUACUUCUGGCCAGAGAAUCAGCUCCACUCCGUUACUGAACAGCAAUGGUACCACAGCAAAGUACCCAGUCAUAGCUGGCUCGCACACGGCGGCAAAGCAAUCAUUCAGAUCCGUAUCCGCACCAAUGAAUGACGGCCGUGCAAAACCCGCGCCAGCUCUGAAAGGCGUGCCUCGAAGCCAACAGCCAAGCGUUAGAGACUUGUUGAAGCGUUUCGAUCCCAAUGGCGAGCAGGCAAGUUCACUCCCACGCAAAACUCCUCCCAGACAGCCACCAGCCAGGCCUCUCGAUGCCUCCAACCGAUAUAGGCCAGCUGCGUCAAUUCAAAAACAACAACCAGGCAUAAGACCUGGCCAGGCUACGAGAGAUGCAUACGCCGGACCUGCGAAAACGCCUCCAUCGAGGACCACACAGCGGAAUAGGUUCGCUGUGGAAGACCAGCGUUCAAACAACACUUUAUCUUCCGCGGCUCGUUCCCCCAAUGCAAAGAAUCAGUUUGGCGAGUUCACCAACGGCUCUCGGUCUGUGUCGAAUCUUGCCAUUUCGAUUAUCCCCCCAAAGCCCGCUGCAACAGACGCUACACGAAAACCACUCUUUGGAGAGAUCGUCCCCACCGAAUCUGGAUCUCAAAUAGCGUACGGCAUCUCAGAUCCUCGCAGUCGCGCUCGCCGAACCUCGGAUUCCAGCCUCAUGUCACAAUCUUGGUCUCACCGGCGAAGUUCGUCUGAUGUCGACGUAUCCCCGACGUCUCCAACUGCUUGGUAUCUCGGCGUCACCCCAAAAUUGGAUGACCUCGGGAUGGGCGCUGCUCCAAAGCAUGCCAGGACCCACAACCGAUCCCAGAGCGAUUUUUCUGGGUUUCCGCCUUCCAGCGUGCUCGUCGGGUCUAAUGAAAUGGCAUUCAUGAAAUUGGACGAAAAAACAGACGAAAAAUCCACACCUAAGGCAGCGUCGAAAUCACGCCUGCCCAUAAGCUCCAAGCGCACCAGCCAUUCUUCAGCCUCUUCUACUCCCAGCACUCGGUCUUCCUCUCCGUUCGCGACAAAAAUGAUUGCAUCCAACAAGAAGCCUGAUACACGUCCGUGGAGCCCCCCAGGUCACAGAAGCACAGGCAGUCGACUGUCCGCUCGUGGCCAGGGCAGGAGUCCAGCAAAAAUAUCUACCAAUAAUGCCAGCCUGAAGGCUUAUAUCUCAUCACCACCCCCAAUGAAAUCUCCACCCCUCAGGAGCUCCAGGCCAAGGCAGCCCGUCUCAGCGGCUACUACCGCAAGCUCCCGAAAUAAGGUCUCCGAUGCCAGUUCACGUGCGAGUUCUAGUUUCAGCAACCGCGCAGAGAGUAGGAUCCAGGAGAAGGCUCGGAUCAACAGGCUAGCCUCCGCGGGGCCCGUGGACUACGCGGCAAAGCGAGCCCGGAUACAGCAGGCAUUCUCGAAGACAAUACAAGAGACAGAGCAGAAAGAGAAUGAUCAAGCACCUCUCGAAGGAGCUGCCACACAGAACGAAGCGGAUCUCCAGGGCCCGUCAACAGUUGACCAGCGCACAGAAUAUGUCAAAGAACCCAAGUUAGUCGUCGAUACCAGCUUCUCCGGCUCAGCAGCGCCACUGUCGAAAGACUCUCCAACUUUAGGCAUGCCCGGAAGCUUUCCUCGGCAGCAAGCUGAAAUCGACGAAUCGCCAUCCUCUGCAGUAUCUAACGUGACGGCUGUCACUCUAUUCGAUAACGAACUGCAAACGGAACCGGCCCAGCAUCAUUCAGCCUCGAAUUUCCCGCAAGAUUCCACCCCGCAGCCACUGUCAUCUCAGCGAGACUCCAUUGGCAGUCCCGAUGACUAUUUUGACGCCAACGAUGGCUCAAUACAAAUCGUUUUGGAUGAUGCGUCGAAUGGGGAAUCCCAGUUUCCAGACUUUGCCGAUAGCCAGCGCCAGGUACUGGAUGGUGAGCACCAAUUGGAGCCUCUUACCUUUGUGGAUAUUGCCCCUCAGCCUUAUGAGCAAGAGACAGAGUCCACGUCAUUUGUCCGGGCCUCAUCUCCUCACUCGGAGUUCGAACCAGGGCCAAUUAUAAGUGAUGUCCACCCAGAUGACGCCGCUGCUCUGCCUAAGGUAGACCAUUCCAUGUCCUACAGCGAAGUCAUUACCACGUCUGACAACGAUGGGGCUGUGCAAUCCGACACUGGCGCGUUUGCACCUCCGACAUCCUGGCCGUCUCGUCACAGCUCGCCAAGCCGAUCUUCUUUGGGUUUGUCCAAACUAGAUACAUUACUAUAUUCAUCACCCACAAAGUCUCCCAAUCCACCUGAUAUUGAAGGCUCGCCAGUGACGGAGAUCGACUAUGGAAGCUCAGGGAGCGUAGGUGAAGCUGAAGACGUCGAUCAACAUGACAACCAUCAAAGGGCCAGCCAUCCAUCGAACUGGUCAGAUAUUACCGUCGACGCCAGCAAUAGAUCGUCUUGGUAUGUCAACACAAAUUCGUCGUCGGGCUUGUUUCAAGAACCGUCUAUACCACCCCCACCGCCUCCCAAGGAGCCUAUACUUCCAGCGAAACCAGACGUUCCUCCAAAACCAGCAAGCUAUGAGGAGCUUUUCUCCCCAAGACCCGAUGGAGAUGAAAGUUAUGACAAUUCCUCUGAGUUCUAUUCGUCAAUGACGGAUCUAACGGGGAUCAACCGCACUAUCAAACCGCCUCGGAGCAAGUCGACAAUACCCCCAAUACCAGCACCGCCGCCGUGGCUUGCUGGGGCGCCGUCUUCGCCUGCACAUUCUACCACGCGACGAAGGACGCCCCCACCCUCAAACGUGUGGAAUCGUCACCCACCGCCAAGUUUGCAUCGCUAUAGCUUCAAGGACCCCGAGUCCAGACGUGUCAGCGGAGAUGACAUGUACUCUUAUCGGCCAUCUACCUCUACAGCCAGAUCCAGCGCCCAGAUUUCUGUGGAGGGGGAUGCCGGUGAGACAUCGCUCUCGAGCACAGACCAUCUCUCCAUCGAUGCACCGCAGAACAGCGACGACAGUGUGGCUCCUGGAGCUGCCGCGGCGGCACUUCGCCAUCGAAAAAUGCUCAUCCAGGAGUUAAUUGAUACGGAGGCUGUCUAUCUCAAGGAUAUGAACGUGGUCGUUGAGAUUUAUCAAGGCACAGCAGAGGCUUGCCCAAAACUGGGCACUGGCGAUAUCAAAGCCAUAUUCCGCAACAGCGACGAGGUUAUUGCAUUUUCCGAGCGAUUCCUUGCCGAUAUCAAGGCUUCCAGUACCGCAAUCUACAUCCCUCGCUCGACAAAGUCCAAGCAGGCCGACGCAGCGAAAUCUGUUGAAUCUACAGACACCGGAGACAGGCCUCUGUCGCUUGCAGAAGACGAGAGUGACUGGGCAAAGGACCAAAAGACCACGGUCGGCGAAAAUUUCGGGCGCCACAUCGAAGAGAUGGAGAAGGUGUAUGCCAAUUUCCUGAAAAACAGUGAGCAAGGGACAAAUCGCCUACAGUUGCUGCAGGCAGACCCCACGGUCAAUGUCUGGCUGGAGGAGUGCAAUGCGGUUGCAAAAGACCUGACUGGCGCCUGGGAUUUGGAUGCCUUGCUAGUAAAGCCGGUGCAACGUAUCACACGAUAUCAGUUACUGCUGACGGGAAUUGUCAAAAACACACCAGAGCUACAUCCGGAUUACCCGUCACUUCAGAAAUCUCUCGAGGAUAUCAAGCGUCUCCUUGACAACAUAGACGGUCAAAAGAAGCGCAUUCACAAAGUCAAUGAGAUUGUUACUGGCCGCAAGAGGAAAGAGUCGGACAUCCGAUCUGGCCUAAAGAAUCCAUUUACUCGUCGUGAGAGAGCAGAAACAGCUGUCCUACACGACAGGGCGAAUGAAGACCAGGAGUAUCUCAAAUACUGCGACAAAUUCCACUCCGAGUGGAUUCAUUUGCAGUUCAUCAUCCGAGAUAUCGACCUCUACCUCGAGAAUGUGACUCGUUGGGUCGACGACUUUUUGCGCUACUUGUCUGCAAUCGAACUGGUAGUCCGAGCAUCGCCGUCCAGUUAUCCCGAGCUGGAGAGUAAAUGGGCCCGGUUUAAUCUGUCUAUGAGAGACGUGGGGAAAGUAGCUUUGGAAGAACACAAAGCUGCUAUUCGGGAACACGUCCUAGAGCCAUUUUCCAGCCUCACCAAGGCGUACAUUCCACCACAGGCAGCUUUGAAGAAGCGCAACAAACGCCGCCCUGAUUUCCAGAGGUUCGAGACUUUGAAGAGCCAAAAUAAAAAGAUCGAUGAGAAGCUCGCCGAGCAAGUCGAGCAAUACACGGCCUUGAACGACACGCUCAAGCUCGAACUGCCAAAACUUUCGUCUCUCAAUGAAAACCUCAAGGACCUCUGCUUGGCUCGCUUGAUUACUACACAAGUUGCGUGGUACUCCAUCUGGAAUGAUAAGCUGAAGACCGUACUCGAACAGAACGAGCUACCAAAGGACGUCAACGACAUCCUCGACAAGUUCAACCGCGACUUCAAGCACCAAGAUGCCAGGGCACAGGCUAUGAGCAUUCUGAAUGGGAGCACAGUGGCAUCAGCUAGAAGCCGGCUCUCACAGUCGACUGCAAGGGACGAUGAGGUGUCUUUGAAGUCAAAGAGUAGGGCGUCUACCACCAAUAACCGUACUCGCGGCCUGUCAACCCAAAGCGAAGCCACAGACCAAACUCACAGAUCUAGCGAGCAACCUCGUGCAUCUCUCGUUGCAAACUCAGCCAGCCUUGCUGUUGUUGCACUGGGAGGUCGUCCAGAUGCUCGGCUCAGUGUCGAAUCCAGCGAUAGGCCCCGACCAAGCGGGGAGUCAGCGAACAGCGGUCACCGCUCGCUGUUUGAAUCGCCAUACACUCCUACACGAUGGGCUGAGGGGCUUCCUCCGCCUGAACCGUCGUUCUCUGACGCAUUCAAUUCUGCACUCCCAUGGUCCAAUACCGACGGUUCCUCUCAGAAUGACGCAAGCAGGCGGUCGUCUCAGGUCCCUUCUGAGCACCGGGACAUCCCUCGUACCAGCUACAAGAUUCUUUAUGUAGUCGCCAGUCUCCACGAGUUCAACAUUGAGGCUACGAAAACAGAGGCGGGCUACCCUUACCUCACAUAUGAAGACGGCGAGAUCUUUGACGUGAUUGCUGAAAAGGGCGAGCUAUGGCUCGCAAAGAAUCAAGACGACCCAAUGGAAACGAUCGGUUGGAUUUGGAACCAACAUUUUGCUAGGAUGGUGGAAUACUGAUCCGUUCCUCCCGUCACAUCUGGCAAAGACAAUUUUCCUUCGAUUGCUGACCUUUGGGAUUUAUCCACGCGUUUUACAACGCCACUUUACUUCUCUUGCUGUGGAUAUACUUUGGUAUUCCCCACGGCGUUUUGGCUGAGACUGGCAGCCAUUUUUUCUGCAGGUUCUCUUCUUUUCUUCCCUUUAGCGCUCUUUGCCAUUUUGGCUUUAUACCUCCAGUACUCUUCUAUGUUGCUUUACUCAUGAAAGGCUUUCGGAAUAUCAGUUGUAUUUAUGAUGGGAUGAUAUUACACGAGGCUCGGAUAGCGGGAUAGGAGUCAAUUUGAGUUGAUUCGGGGCGAAACGGGGCGAAAAUCAUGUUAUAUAUUACUAAAAGGGUGGGGCGAUGACAGGAGUUGACGGAAGGUAUACCGUGAUGAUGAGUAGGUGGAACAUAGACAGUUGAACAAUGGAAGAGUGUGAUAAUUGAU